AUGGCACAGGAGGCAUGUAAUGAUCUUGGGGGAAUUUACAAGAAGUUCAAGCCACACCUCCUCAUGCUUUUAACUCAGAUGGGCUAUACAUUUCUGUAUUUUAUCACAGAAGCUUCCUUCAAUCAUGGGAUGAACCCUCAUGUCUACAUAACUUAUCGACAUAUUGUGGCCGGUGUAGUGAUGUUCCCUUUUGCCUAUGUUCUUGAAAGAAAAGACAGACCAAAGCUCACAUUAGCUCUUUUCUUGGAACUUUUUGUUCUUUCGCUUCUGGGGGUGGGUUUGACUUUAAACAUGUACUUUGCAAGCUUAAGAUAUACCUCUCCUACCUUCCUUGCAUCAAUGGUCAACACCAUAGCUUCCGUAACUUUUGUAAUUGCGAUUGUACUCAGGUUGGAGGUUCUUAAUCUUCGAAAUCCUCGUGGGUUAGCGAAAGUUUUGGGAACCCUCAUCUCCUUAGCUGGUGUAAUGACCAUGACAUUGUACAAGGGGCCUAUUGUGAGAAAUUUAUGGCAUCCAUUAAUCCAUGUUGAAGGAAAAUCCUCCAUCCAUGAGAACUGGUUGAAGGGUUCAAUUCUUACUGUUGCAAGCUGCAUAACAUGGUCUAUCUGGUACAUUAUGCAGGCAAUCACAUUGAAAAGAUAUCCUGCACAACUGUCACUGACUACAUGGAUGAGCUUUAUAGGGGCAGCACAAUCAGCUGUCUUCACAGUGUGUAUAGAACAUAGACAAGCUGCUUGGACAAUUGGAUUCAACAUCGACCUCUGGUCCAUAUUAUAUGCUGGAGUAGUGUGCUCUGGUCUUAUAAUCUUCAUUCAACUAUGGUGCACAGAAGAGAAGGGGCCAGUUUUCGUGACCAUGUUUAAUCCCGUUUCAACAAUAUUGGUGGCUGUUCUAGCAUACUUCGUCCUUGGUGAAAGACUUUAUACCGGCAGCAUACUAGGGGCAUUUAUUGUCAUCCUUGGCCUGUACUUGCUGUUGUGGGGAAAAGAAGGAGAUGAAGUAUAUAUCAAGUCAGAAGAGUCCUCUUAUCAGACAACAUAUGAAGAGCACAAGGAUAAUAACAUACAGAAAAUCACUUCAGCCAAGAAGGAUGUGCUACAUGGUGAACCCUAA